CAGAAAUAAAAAGAAGCAGAGGAAGAAGAAUAACUGAUUUACAUAACAGUUAUUUCUUGGCUUCUCUGAUUCUCGAAGUUUCUAGUGUUCUUUGCUUUUAUUUCUCUACGUUUAUCGAGAAAUCUCCGGGCUGAAAAUGGCGGAUUCGACGGCGGACGCGACGGAAACAAACGCCGAUACUCUGACACUGAGGCGGGAGUUGAAGAAGGUACUGACGGAGAAUUUAAACGACGGAGGAGUUAAAGAUCGCGUUGAGACCGUGAAAUCGAUUGAUGAGGCGAUUAGAAUCCUGAAUCGACUGAAGAUAGUAGAAUCGAAGAAGCGGAAGCGGGAAUCUGAUAGUUCUUCGGUUGAAGUUCCGAAAGAGUUCAAGUGUACACUCUCGAAGACGAUCAUGAUCGAUCCUGUGAUCAUAUUUUCUGGGCAGACGUAUGAAAAGAGAUAUAUCACAGAGUGGCUGAACCAUGACCUUACAUGUCCCACAGCCAAACAAGUCCUUUAUCGAGUUUGUUUGACACCCAACCAUUUGAUCAAUGAGUUGAUUACGCGAUGGUGUCUUGCUAACAAAUAUGAUCGGCCAGCCCCAAAACCAUCUGAUAUUGACUAUGUAACGGAGCUGUUCACUGAUGGCAUCGAAUCGUUGCUUCAGCGGAUUUCCUCUCCUUCCUCCUCGGUUGCAGAUCAGACAGAAGCUGCAAAAGAGCUAGCCCUCCAGACCGAAAAAUUUGUCAAUGUCCGUGACUUCUUUAUCAAGGAACUCCCUGAUUCGAUCACCAGGUUACUCACUCCGCUCUCUGUUUUGGGCGAUGAGGUAGACUCGAAUCCCGAGCUUCAAGAGAAUAUCGUCACAGCGUUGUUCAACAUGUCGACUUUCGAGAAGAAUAAAACAGUACUUGCUGAAAACCAUCAAGUGAUCCCACUGCUUGCAAAGUCUAUGAAGCAGGGGUCAGUUGUGACAAGAAGAAACGCUACAUUGACUUUAGCGUCACUUUCAGACAUUGAUUCUAACAAGAUCAUCAUAGGGAACUCGGUAGCACUCAAGGCUCUGAUAGAUCUAAUCGGGGAGUUGGAUGACUUAUCAGCUACUCAUGAUGCUCUUUGCGCUGUUAUAGACCUCUGUUGUGAUGAAAGGGAGAACUGGAAAAAGGCGAUCUCGUUGGGGUUGGCUCCUGCUGCAAUCAAAAAUAUCAAAGCAAGAAGAAAUUUGUUUGAAUCCUUAGCUGCCUUGGCAUUGAUUUCUCCACACGAACGCGUUAUCCAGGAAGUGGCUAAUCUAGGGGUUAUCUAUGAUCUGUUAAGUAUCUUGAGGAAAACAAGUUGCAUGGUGACUUGUGAGAACGCUGUAGUGAUCGUAGGCAACAUGUAUGCUAAAAGCAGAGAAAGGUCUAUUAAGAAAAUCCUGGCAGAAGAGGAGAAUCAACACAAGACAUUUACAAAGAUUGCAACGCAAGGAUCAGUUGUUGCGGUGAUGAAAGCACAAGGGAUUUUACAGUGUAUUAACUAUUAGGGUAUUCCCUGCUGGUAUGGAGCCACAGAGGGCAUGACGGAAUCAUCAAAACUAAGGUCUUGUUAAUACCUUAAUAGUUUCAGCAAAGUUACAUUUGAUACAUAUACAGAUGAAAGUGUAGAAAGAAAGAAUUCGAGUUGAAAGUAGAAGAAUUUGAGACUUGUAAUCUAGGGAUUGUUGUUGCUCUUUUUUUGGUGCAAGGGAUUGUUGUUGUUUAUAUCGCUUGAAAUACUUUACGAAAAAAAUACUCAAGAUUAAAAUACUUCAACUUCUCUUGUUUACAUUAUAUCAAAA